AUUAGCUUUUCUGUGUUUCUUAAAUACCCUAUUGAGAGGGGUAGUAUUAUUUUCUCAAAGUUUAUAUCCCUUUACCCAAGCAAUCCAAGCCCCAAGGAGCAAGAAAUCUCAACAAUUGUCUAAAACCCUAAACCCCAAACAUUUACAUAUAAUUGCGAAAAACUCCACAUAUAGAGAAAACAGAGAAAAUUGGGGUUUACUAAUCAUCUUCAGAUAAAAAAAGAUGGAUGCAAUAGCAGCAGCAGAAGAGACAAUUAUGGCAGAAAGAUUAAGGCAGAAGCUCAACGAAGUGAAUACAGCCGCCCAGACCCAACUCUCCGGCGUCCAAGAUUAUGUCCAUUUUAACCUUCAGCAAGCAUACUUCAAAUGUGCGUAUGAGUGCUUUGACAGGAGGAGAAAACGAGAGGAGAUAGACAACUGUGUGGAGUAUUGCAGUGUUCCCGUUCUUCAGGCUCAGAAUCUUGUUGAGAAUGAAAUGGCCAAUUUUCAG